GCUCUUUUCCUGUCCUGUCCUGUUUGCUCACACGAAAAAAAAACCCAAUUCACAAUCUGCUCCUCCGAUACCUACACAUAUCCCACCACAUCCAACUCCGAUUUGCACGACUUUCCUCAAUCUGCGAUAAUUACGACCGCCUGGCUGUCUACAUAUAAUACACCGACACCUCCUCCUCCUGCCCUGCAGCUGAUCGCGGAUCCACCCACCCACUCACCCACCGACAGACAGACCGACACAAACGCAUACCUAUACCCACCCACUCGACGACAUGGUCCCACCACCACCGCCGUCCGUCGACACCUCCGCCGACUUCCAUCCCUUCGCGACUACUGCCGCGCCAGCGAAAACCAGCUCCACGCUGAUCCUCUGCCCGCCGUCCGUAUCCUCGCACCCGACCGUCCUCGAGAGCGCGCUCGCCACCGUCGCCGAUCGCGGUUCCGUCGACGUGCAAAUGCUCGACCGCCUUGCCAUGAACCUAGUCACGCUGCCGGAUGGUAUCUACACCACCGUGCUCCUGUUGUCCGAUCCUGUGGCGCCGCAAGAGCGCCUGGAGAAGCCGCUGCUCGAGAAGGUGCUCAAAGCGAUGGCGCCCGGCGGGCGGUGGAAGAGCCUUGGCAGGAGCAACGGCGGGAGCAACGAGACCUGGGUGGCGGCAGCCGACAGGAUCGCGUUCCUCACGGCCGGGUUCGUGCUCGAGGACGAGAACGAGGGCGUCGUCGCCGUCAAGCCGGAUUUUGGCGGGAUGAAGAGUGUCGCGCUGAAUCUGAACUUGAGGAAGCGGGCGACGGGCGCGGCGGCGGUGGUGCAGGUGGCGAAGCCGGUUAUGCAGGUGCCUGUGCCGGUGCAGGUGGAGGUAAAGUCGAAUGGUGUGGGCUUCGUGGACUUCUCCGACGAUCUGGAUGAUGAUGAGCUCAUCGACGAGGACGAGUUGAUGGCGGACGAGGACUUGGCGACGCCGGUGCAGAUCCCUGCGGAGUGCCGGCCAAAGCCUGGAAAGCGCCGGAGAGCGUGCAAAGACUGUACUUGCGGCUUGAAGGAGCAGAUAGAACAGGAGGAUCAGGAGAAGCGCAGUACUGCGGAUCUGGCGCUGGCGGCCGCGAAGGAAAAGGCUGCGAAGGGCGUUAAGCUCACUGCUGAUGAUUUGGCCGAGAUCGAUUUUACCGUCGAGGGAAAGGCGAGCUCGUGCGGUAAUUGCUAUUUGGGCGACGCUUUUAGGUGCUCCGGUUGUCCGUAUGUCGGCUUGCCCGCUUUCAAGCCUGGCGAGCAGGUGCAGAUCGAUAUGAUGGAUGAUCAGCUGUGAACUACCUACAAUCGCGACUGGGUUUGCAUAAAAGUGUUCUUGUGGUGGAUUGAUGAUGAACUGAUGGUACCUAUCAGUAGAGGGGAGGGGAGUCAUUUGUGUUUUGUUUUUUGUUUUUUGCCAUAGUCAUACCUAUCGGAC